AUAUAUUUUUUUUAAUUUGGUUUUAUUUUUACAGUAAGAUUUUCAAUGAUGACAGACGAUAUCGCAGCUGCCUUAUACCAUGCUGUGGACAAGAAUGACGUAACAAAACUUCGUCAUUUAAUUCAGGAAGGUGCGGAUCCUAAUGAGAAUUAUAAUGACAGUCCUGCGUUGUCUUUUACGAUCCUCCACUUGUGUUGUGGAAAAGGACAUUUAGAAGCCGCCAAAGUACUCGUGGAAGCUGGUGCAAAUGUUCAAUCGCGUGACGUAUGGGCCAUGACACCUUUCAUCCAUUGCAUCAUUUCUCAAUAUAAAGACGUAGUCGAAUACUUGUUAACAGUUUGUCCUCAGCUAGUAAACCAACCGGACAAAUUCGAUAAGUCACCUCUUCAUUUUGCGAUAGAAUCAGACAAUGUGGACAUUUUUGAAUUGCUCAUUAAGUGGGGAGCAGAUAUUAACAGAAGCACGAUGUAUGGUAUAACGCCUCUUAUGUUUGCAUGUAUAACACCAAAAUUAUCCAACAGAGAAGAUAUGGUUCGAAUCCUUAUAGAGGAAGGAGCCCUCGUGGAUUUAAAAGAUUUCCUAGAUUACAGGACUGCACUUCAGUUUGCUGUAACAAAAAGACACACAGAUAUAGUGUCCGUAUUGCUGUCUGCUGGUGCGGAUUCUAAUAGUUUAGACAAGGGUGGAAGUACGCCCCUCACAAAUCUCAUGGCUUCUUCAAUCCGCGCCACGUGUCUGGAUCCACCCGUAGGAGAUGACGUCAUGACAAUUAUUGUUCUUCUGCAGCAAAAGGGAGCCGAAUUAAAUACAAACAAAUGCGAAUACAGUAAUCCACUCAUGGUCUCAACUUUACUGAAGUCUGCCACACUCGUAGAAUAUUUCCUGGGUUGCGGAGCAAAUCCAAAUGUUAAAUUUGUUUCUGGAAUAUCACCUUUAUUGGCUGCUGUGGGUAACAGAGACUUAAACACAACACGCCUCUUGUUGAGACAUAAUGCAGACGUGAGUGCAAAAGCCAUGGUAUGCCGGAGAAGACAGGAAGAACGUCUGUUUGACCCGUUUGAGUUAGCUGUCGAUCUUUUGCAGUGGGACAUUGUGGAUAUAUUGAUUCAUUAUGGAUAUAGUCUCUCUCAGCACAAAUACUUACAAGAUUCCCUUUACUCAGAAACAGCGCCCGAAUCCCUCCGCGACCACCUCUCUGUUUUGACUAAACUGCAAACACUGGCGAGUUCGCCUUUCUCUCUCCAGAAAAUUGUCGUUUUGAAAAUUAGACGUAUCUUGAAAUAUGAGAUAUCUGAAAAGGUGAAAGAUCUUCCAUUGCCUGCUUCUUUAAAAAUGGCAUUAUUAUUUUUGGAAAAUUUGUGACAUUUUUCUCAAUCUCUCAAAUUCUUUUUAUGUCAGUUAUUCAAUUUCUGGAUACGCUCAUAUCUUAUUGAUAAAAUAACUUGCUUACAAUCCUGAUUAUAAUUCAUUAUUCGGGUAUUAAAUGUGUGGACAUCAACAAUCAUGAAUAAUUGUAGAAUUCGAGAAAAUACCCACCCACCCCACAAUCCCCACCCAAUAUGCCACUAGUGAGAAAAACUGGAGCAGUUGCAGUCCAUGAAAAAAUACAUGAUUCAAUCAUUGUAUAUGUUUUUGUAAUGUUAUGCUCUUUUUCUAAUUUAAAAUAAUGCUUUCAUAUGAUUAAAACGCUUAUUCUUAGGCAUGCGCAAAGCUUGACUGCGUGUUCUUCAGUGAAAACGUAAUAUAAUUGUAAUACCCUCAAUACUUACAAGUAAAAAAUAUACUGCAUUUAUGUUACACACAAAUGUUAUCUUACACAUGUAAUUUCAGUUUUGAACAGCAUAAACAUUGAGUUUCAAGGGAACAUGAAUUUUCUUGAAUAUACAUACGAUACAAUUAUCGUCGAAUAUAGAUAAAUAGAGUCCGAUUGUACAGUGCAUGUCUAUGUUAUUUUUUUUUCAGGCGAAUUUCACGUCAUUUCCAAACAUGUACGUGAAAGUAUUAAUUUGAGGCAAUAUGUAGCAAGUUUGAAUUAAGGUUCAUCGAUACUCUGAUAAGAAAGAUAACUCUUAAUGACAUAAAUGUCUAUAAUUCCUUUAUAAUCUUGUCGAAGUGUCUUUUUGUCUAAUUUUCUCCCGCAAGCAAUGCUAUAAUUGUUUGUAUUUUACUUAAAAAAUACAUUUCUUUUGGAAAGUCAUAGCAGUUAAAGAAACAUUUUAUAUGAGUGAGAAGAGGGUUUAUGAACCUUAACAUUGCUGUAUAUGUAUAAUUGUAUCAUGCAUUUAUCAAAAUAAUGAAAUAAAACUAUCAAACUA